AUGAAGGCAAAGGUCCAAAACGACAUCAAAGCCCCUGACAUGACCCCAUACGAUGGAACAUCUGAUCCAAGCCAUAACCUCAGCAACUUCAGAAGUCGAAUGUACCUCAUGGACGCCUCAGACACAACUCGCUGCAAAGCCUUCCCAACUACCCUCACUAAAACGGUUGUAAAGUGGUUCAACAGCCUACCCCCAAGGUUGAUUACCAGCUUUGAUGAUCUCACCAAGAAAUUCCUAGCCAAGUUCUUCAUUAAAAAAGACAAAUCCAAGCACGCUCCAAGCCUACUCGAAAUCAGACAAGGAGACCGGGAGAGCCUCCGAAACUAUAUGGAAAAAUUCAAUAAAGCAUGUCUCGACAUAAAAAAUCUCCUUACUGGAGCAACAAUCAUGGGACUUAUCAAUGGCCUACGAGAGGGACCCUUCAGCCAAUCCAAAUCCAAGAAACACCCUACAUCCUUGAACGAAGUACAAGAGUGGGCCGAAAAGUACAUUAACAAGGAAGAAAACUCCCGAUUGGGGGAAACCUCCAAAACCGGCUUCUCCUACACCUCCCGGGACAAGGACAAAGAGCCAAAGAAAACGGAGGAUCAACAUACAGAGAAACCUAGAAAGUACCAUAACUAUACCCCCUUCGGAUAUCCUUAG